UUGUCUCUCUUCAAACCUCAUUUUCUGCACCAACCAAAAAAAAAAAAAGAAGAAAAAGAAAGAUGGGGAGGGGGAAGAUUGAGAUCAAGAGGAUUGAGAACUCAAGUAACAGGCAGGUUACUUAUUCAAAGAGAAGGAAUGGGAUUAUGAAGAAAGCUAAAGAGAUUACUAUACUGUGUGAUGCUAAAGUUUCUCUUAUUAUCUUUGGUAGUUCUGGCAAGAUGCACGAGUAUUGCAGCCCUUCUACUAAUUUGGUCGAUAUUUUGGACCAAUAUCAGAAGACUUCAGGGAAGAAGUUAUGGGAUGCUAAACAUGAGAAUCUCAGCAAUGAAAUUGAUAGAAUCAAGAAAGAGAACGAUAACAUGCAGAUUGAACUGAGGCAUUUGAAAGGGGAGGAUAUCACCUCUUUGCCUUACAAGGAGCUGAUGGCCAUAGAGGAUGCCCUUGAAAAUGGGCUUACCUAUGUUCGUGGCAAACAGAUGGAUGUCCUUGAUAAGACAUGGAAAAAUACCAAAUUCCUGGAGGAGGACUACAAGCAGCUCAGUUUCAUUCUGAAUCAACAACAAAUGGCUUACGAAAGUGCAAGAGAGCAGAUGGAUCAUGGAUACCAGCGAGCCCGGGACUACAACUCACAGAUGUCUUCCACCUUCCAAGUGCAGCCAAUGCAGCCAAACUUACAAGAGAGAAUGUAAUAACACUGUGAAUUGGGGCAUAUGCUGAAGCCUGAAAUUCUCUCAAGCUUGCUUUCUGGUGAUACUAUGAUAACAUUUUAUCUGAAUAUUUAAUUCCAGGGAUGUGAUAUGAUCUUAAACUCAUGCAUAUUUACCUCUUGUAAUAAUUUCUAAGUUGUAUUGCAGUCCCAACCAUGAACUUGUUUUAUAUUGCUGUAUCUAUUCUCAGUGUCUUUAUGAAACUAUAGACUGGUAUUUCUGCUUGCUAGCAAAUCAA